CCCGCCCGGCCCGUUCCGGCCCAGCCAUGGCGGGAGACGGCGAGGAGGCUCUGACGGCUUUCGUGGCCCUUCACGGGGCCGCGCUCCGCGCAUCGCAGGUCCCCACGCAAUACUGGGAGAGCCUGAGCCGCAAACUGCGGGGAGAGGUAUUUGAUGCUGGUGAUUACUUUGGAAUAAUGCAAGUAGAAGAGGUGGAUGAGGAGGAAGAAGUUGAUGAAGAAAUGGAAGAACAGUUUAAAAAGAAACCAAAUCCUGGAAAUGGGCCUUGUUUCAAAGUUAUUGUAACUAAUGAGAAUGGACUUCAAGCCUCCAAUCCUGAUAGCGUGUUCCUCAUCGACCACGCCUGGACAUACCGCGUGGAGCAUGCCCGGCAGCAGCUGCGCCUUGUGCCUGGCCUGCUGCACAGGAUGGCCAACCUCAUGGGCAUCCCCUUCCACGGAGAGGUCCCAGACGAGGGCAGCAUCGAGCAGGUGGUGCAGGAAAUGUGGAAAUACAACCAGACCUACCAGCUCUCUCAAGGGCAGACUGCAGAGGAGAAGGUUCCUGUCUGGUACAUCAUGGAUGAAUUUGGAUCACGCAUUCAGCAUUCAGACCAGCCAAGUUUUGCAGCAGCACCUCUGUUUUAUAUGCCUCAACAAAUUGCUUACACAGUUCUCUGGCCUUUGAGAGACCUUGAAACUGGUGAUGAAGUCACUCGUGAUUACGCUUACGGGGAGACAGAUCGCCUGAUCAGGAAGUGUGUUUUGUUACCCUGGGUGCCUGCUGAAGUGUUGGAUAUCAGCUGUUUUACUCCAGAACCACCAGAUGAGCAUUAUCAAGCAAUUUUGACAGAAAACAAGGAAAAACUUCCCGCAGUAAUAAAUCCAGCAGUUUAUGCUAAAGACAAAGUUUUCAAGGUGUUCACUGACAUUCCGCAAGUCCUCAACAACCUGACGCAUCCCCGUUUUGUAUUCACAGACAACGAGGGAGAAGCAGACAUCCUCUACAACUUCUCACACUUCAAAGAUUAUAGGAAGCUAAGUGAGGAGAGGCCUGAGGUAAUGGUGAAUCAGUUCCCAUGUGAGAGCCUCCUGACAGUCAAAGACUGCCUUGCAUCCAUUGCUAGACGAGCUGGAGGACCAGAUGGGCCCAGGUGGUUGCCUCGGACUUUUAACCUCCAGACAGAAUUGCCUCAGUUCAUCAGCUACUUCCAGCAACGUGACAGAAGAGGAGAAGACAAUCACUGGAUAUGCAAACCAUGGAACCUGGCCAGAAGCCUGGAUACGCACAUCACCAACAACCUGAACAGUAUCAUCAGGCACAGGGAAAGCAGCCCAAAGGUGGUGUGCAAAUACAUCGAGGAGCCGGUGCUGUUUGAGCGUGAGGACGUGGGGCUGGUGAAGUUUGAUGUGCGCUACGUGGUGCUGCUGCGCUCUGCCUGCCCCCUGCAGCUCUACAGCUACGACGUGUUCUGGCUGCGCUUUUCCAACAGGGCAUUUUCGCUUGAUGACCUGGAUGACUAUGAGAAACAUUUCACUGUCAUGAAUUAUGCUCCUGGUGUGACAUUGAAACAGGUGCACUGUGAAGACUUUAUUCCUCUGUUUGAAAAACAGUAUCCUGAAUAUCCUUGGACAAUGGUACAAGCAAGUAUUUUCAAGGCAUUUGCUGAUUUGUUCCAAGUUGCUUCGUCUAAACCUGCCCCUCUUGGCAUCUGUGAUUAUCCAUCAUCAAGAGCAAUAUAUGCCAUUGACUUGAUGCUUAAGUGGGACACCAGCAGAGAUGGAAAAAAAAUUAUGCAGCCUCAGAUCCUGGAGGUGAACUUUAAUCCUGACUGUGACAGAGCCUGCCAAUACCACCCUACCUUUUUUAAUGAUGUCUUCAGCACCCUUUUUCUGGAUGAAACAGACAACUGCCAUGUGACACGCAUUGUCUAACCACAGGAGACAUGACUCCAUCAAUUUCCUUCUCAGAUACGCUUAACAACAGGAUUUAUAUUUCAGUUCUAUGAGCUGCUGAUACAACUGUUUUCCUAUGCUGAUCACCAGGGGAAAAAAAUACCAUAUCAAAAGAAGAUGCAAAUACCACAUACUGUAUUGAUAAUCCCUUUGUCUGCACUGUCCAAGUCUUGCUUUGUUCUUUCUGUAAAACAUAGGUGUGUGUUGACAAAGUGGCUUGUUUAUUGAAUAUUUGAGACCUCAGAGUAGGACUUGUUUUUCAGGUAGCCUGAUUGUUUGCUUGCUGGGAAACAUUGCACAAGUUCCUUAUGUCAACAUUAAAACUAUAAUUUACUGAAUCACA